GCGGAGAAGAGAGGAGAGGAGAGGAGACUGCACGAGCUGGCUGCGGCGCGCGGACACCGUCGCAGGGACAGCGCCGCACAGCCGCGCGCCUCCCCUCACGGUGGCGGGAAAGGGAGAAGGAGAAAAAGAGAGACACGACCGAGCGCGCGGAGACGCCAGAGCAGAAACGAGUCUGUUUUCCCACCACCUACGACAGCCUCCCUCUCUCCCGUGUGACUGUGUGUGUCAAGACCCCCUCGCCUCGGCUCGAGCACAGCGCGCGGACGGCCACCCGCAGAAAGGCGCUGCGCAGCCUCUUGACCCGCGAGAAGAAGGCGACAACUUUCGUUGGAAAAGCGUCUGUUAUGUUAUUUUUGUAAUUUUAUUUUAUUUUGUCCUUGACAAGCCCGAGUGUUUGUACUCGCAGAGGUUGGGUUCCCUCGGGCGCACAGGAGGAGCGUGUUCGUGUUUCCACCUCGCGAGCUGACAGCUGAGUGUUCGAUAACACGCAGCGCUUUGUUUUUUUUUUUCUUACCGCGUUGUUCGCCCAUGUUUUUACCCGCUUCCUCGUCGCCGACACGAUCCUGCUCUUCGCUGAAUUGGCCACUGUUGUUGGAUGAGCGCGCAGCGCGGCCGUCACGGUAACGCGCGGAGGAGGAGGAGGGGCGCGCGCGCCGCGCAGUGAGUGAGGCAGCGCGAGGAGGACACCCACCUACGCGCCGCGAGGAGGCACGAGCGAGAAGACGCGCUUUCCGCUGAGGAAGGCGGCAUCCGGACCUCCUCACCUUGGCCUUCGGCUGUAGCCAUGCUGUCUGUUGACGAGCCGCUGGACCUCAAGCUUCCCCACAGGCGGGACUGCAGGCGGGACAGGGACGAGAGGACGCCACCUGUUCACACCCCUUCCAUCUUUGCCCCGCUGCAUGGCUCCCGCACAUGGAGAUUCCGCAGGGCAGAUGACGCAACAACAGUCGUAGAACCCACGUCCCCGACGUCCCCGACGUCCCCAGCAUCCCCACACUCAGGUGUUUCGGUGCUCCACCAGGAGAAGCCUGAACCGCAGACCCCUCCGGCCAUCGACCUGAGCAUGUCACCCUCGUCUCUACACGCUCCGUCCUCGCCGGAGCUGUCAAACGGGAGUGCCACAGCGUUCUCCAGGGACUCCGCCCACAUCCAUUACCUGGAAGGUGCAGCUUCACCCCAGGCCUUCCAGUUCUUCCUUCCCAUUGGGGCUGGCGGCGGGUUCCAUCUGCCCUCCUCCAUGUUCAUUGGCCAACCCAAGGAGACGAGAGGCUCCCCCGAGCUCUCUUCAGACGAGCAGCUGGCCUGUCGCUGGGCGAAGUGCCACAUGCUCUUUGACUCUUUGCAAGAGCUGGUGGACCAUGUCAAUGACUUUCACGUGAAGCCUGAGAAGAAUUCUGGGUACUGCUGCCACUGGGAAGGGUGUGCUCGGAAAGGGCGGGGCUUCAAUGCCAGGUAUAAGAUGCUCAUCCACAUCCGCACUCACACUAAUGAGAAACCCCACCGCUGCCCCACCUGCGGCAAGAGCUUCUCUCGCCUGGAGAACCUGAAAAUCCACAACCGCUCCCACACAGGAGAGAAGCCGUACAUCUGCCCGUACGAGGGCUGCAACAAGCGCUACUCGAACUCGAGCGACCGCUUCAAGCACACUCGCACGCACUACGUGGACAAGCCCUACUACUGCAAGAUGGCGGGCUGCCUCAAGCGCUACACGGACCCCAGCUCGCUGCGCAAGCACAUCAAAGCCCACGGGCACUUUGUGGCCCAGGAGAGCGUCCGGCACGACACCGUGGGCUCCCUGCUCAAGGCGGGGCGACUGGGCGCGGUGCGGGCCGGGGCCAAGGGGGCCGAGAUCCCCUACGUGAGCGGGGCGCACAUAAUCAUCCCGGGUGCGGCUGCCGCGCUCCUGCCGGCUCUUGGCGGCUCCUUGCCCCUCUCGCACCUGGGGCCCAGGCCACUGGACCUGAGCUCAGGACUGCCAGGGGCCCCCGUCUUCUCCCUUAGCGGUAACUCCCCUCUCCUGUCCCCGGCCUUCUCGGCGCUGGGCCUUCCUGUGGGGGCGGAGCUAGCCUUAAGGGGGCGGGGCCACAGCUACCCUGCCUGGGGGAACGCCAGGGAGGAGAGGAGCGAGGAAGAGGAGGAGGACGACGGGGACGGUUCGGACGCGCUCUCGGGGUCCGCGCUAAACCUCUCUGGGGGGCGGAGCCGUGACCCCCUGUCGUGGGUGGUCAUCCCACCGGGUACAGUAGUGCUCCAGCCUGCCGUGGUCAACUGACGCGAGCAGCGGCGGCGUGGCAGAGGGCGCAGACGUACGUUCUCUGUCGUUCACGGUCCAGAAGCUGUGGGAACAUUCCAGAAAGAACCAAAGAUGGCGCGAGCGAGCUGGAGCCAACGCCCAUACCUCUGUCAUUCCCCUCAUCGGCCAGAUGUGAGAGCCCACGGGUAACGCGCUAACCGAGUGUGGGCCCCGCAGAUGAAAACGAAGCGAACCAAUUGUUAGCUGAUUGUCCGACGCCUUCCAGCUUCGCUCGCCGCUCCUCUCGCCCUUUCGCUGCAGUUUACAGGAGUGGCGCUCUUGCAUCGCAGUGCCCUUGUCCCACCUCCACUGUCACAGCGGAUUCCUGUCCAAGGAUCCAUGCUCGGCGCCUGCUGCCCUUCUGCUUGGAGUAUAGAAGAAACAAAUGAGCAGGCAAAACAAAGAAACACACGGCAUUUGUGCUUCACAAGGGAUGAUUACGUGGAAAACGGAGGGAGUCGCAUGUUGACGCCCGCAGUGCGCGGCUCAGACGACGUGUUUCCAACCCCAGGAGGACACAGAUUAGUAGCUUUCCUUAGCUCCCCUCCCCCGACGUUAAUCGCCGCGCUCAGUUUGAGUAACCAGACAGGCGAAGGGCGGUGACAAGAGGCACUGCUUGACAGCGGUGCUUUAACUGUCCGACCGCUGUGUACCUGUUAGUGCCCCCUACUGGACGUCGGGCACGCUGCAGCCUGCCUCCCUGGCCAGGUUGACCUCGGAGCAUCACCCCAGAGCAUCGCCCCGGAGCAUCGCCCCAGACCUCAUCCGCUUGCGUCAAACGAGGGCUUUUUGACCCGCUUGUGUGAAACUCCCUCUCCGUUCUGGUUCCUGUAGCUGAGCGCCUGUCCGCUGCAGGCCUCUGUAUCGUUUCAAGAAUUUACUGUUAAUUCCAGUAUUAGCUGCAGUAGUGGAAAGAUCAGCAAAUGUUUGAAUAAUAAGUCUUCAGUUAUAGAGCCGUGAAUGACAGUAAUAGUUUAUUUUACUGUAAUAUAGUAACUGUUUAAAAUUAUGCUUUUAAUUAGGUGACUAAUGGAUCAUAGAGCACUUUUUACACAUCACAGUAAAGACCAGUGCACAUGCUACAGCACUUGGGUUCCUCCUCCAGCACGUUCGGGUCGCUUACGCUGGACCCCCGUGUCCCUGAUUCAGUUAGCAGCCAUAACGGAAAAUAAACGUUCGAGUUGCAGGGGAAACCAGGACCCAAAGGGAGUCUUCGAGAAGCGGGACGAAAACCCGCUUUCAGUAAAUGGUGACAAGUGGCUGCAGCUGCGCAAGACACACGGUCUCACUUCAGCUGCGUGUGUAAGACAGGACAGGACGGGGUGUAGCGCUUAAGAGUCUCUACUUGCCAAGGUGUAAUGCUUACCAGGGUGUUACCAGUUCUUACUGGGUUCUAAUACUUAAUGGCUUCAAUUACAAGUUUGUCUUUGUAACUAAAAUCCCAUUUAAAUUGGCAUGUGACCAAAAAGCUUUAAGAGUCUUGUGCCACUAAGCAGUUUCAGACAGCGUGUGUGUGUUUCUGUGCGAAAAACUCUUUCUUGUCCUUCUCUCACACGUUUCCAGUGAUGUGCUGGGAUAUCGGCGUCCUGCUGGUGGCCGUGUCUCUUGUUUCCGGCGGGGGGCGCAAGUGUGUCAGUCUCCUCAGUUAGAGACACACCAGCAGGGGGCGCCGUGCCACCUGUCUGCUCUUGCCUUCUGUUUUUUGGGAGGACAGAUGAGAGAAACGCUCCUGGACCCAGCAAACACACACUCACACAGUGUCCCCCCCCAUAUUCAGCGACGCUUUUUGAGAUGCCGAAAGCAAUUAUAGUUAUUAAUCUUUUGUCCAUGUUUGACGAGACAUUUUGCAGUGUUGACAUUGCUUUGUGUUCCUGUACGUACGCGACCGCUGCUCCUCUCGGGCAGGGUGGCUCCCGGGGCGAGACGGACCCCCCCCGGGGGCCACGUCCUUCACUAUCAGAUAAGCUCGCGAAUAAACACGUUAACCCUUUGCGCACCUCCUAGAAACAUGCAGCACUUUUCUGCACUGAGACAGACAGACAGGGUAAAUGCGGUAAACUGCGCUAUUUCCAGUGCUUCACCGGGAGGUGCACUUUAAUUUUCUAAACAGAGAACCGGAUGACUAAUAAGCGUCCGUAUGUCAAUUUACGUACAGAAAUCGGACAUUUUUGUGGAAGGAAAACGUUAAUACGCCUAAAAUUUGAGUGCUUUAGCAGAGCGGAGCAGUGCGCAAAGGGUUAAUGCUCGACUAAGGCCCGAAAAGGCCUGUACCUUGAGUUUUUCUUGUUCUUUUUGCACAUUAAUAUAUUUCAGUAUCAGUAUUUUAAAUUGUUCUAAGUGCCUUCUAUUAUUGGUCAAAGUAGACGAUAUACGGUGUAUGAAAAACGACUAUAUGAAUCUACGAGUAUUUUCUCAGCUGAAGCUGGAUGUGUACAAGUGUAGAGCUGUAAACGUUGCCAGUUGGUACCACAUGGUUCUGUGAUCCUGUUCUAGAGGACGCUCAUGAUGUCGACCGUUUUGACGAUAAUGUCAGUUGUUUUAAAAAAAAAAAAAGAAACAAAUUGGAGAAUAAAACUGCAUUUGAUAUAU